AUGAAGAACUUCAUCACAAGCCUCACUGAUCCUGGUGGUGUGGAACAUACCUCAGAGGAGGCUAAAGGAGAGAUUGCUAUACAAUACUUCACAGAACUUUUCUCCACCUCCCAGCCCUCUGAUGCGUCUGAGCUUCUGCAAGAUUUCGCUCCAAAGGUGACAGAACAGAUGAACUCAAAGUUGACAAAACUUGUCACUGAUGCAAAGAUAAAAAGAGCUGUGAAAGCAAUCAAAAGUGAUAGCUCUCCUGGAGCAGAUGGCAUAACGGGGCAUUUCUUUCAAAACUUUUGGUCUAUCACGGGUCCGCAGGUUAUCAUAGAAGUUCAAAAAAUUUUCACAGAUGGAAUCAUUCCGCAGGACUGGAACUUCACUCAGCUAUGUCUACUCCCGAAGAAACCAAACCCAGUAUACAUGUCAGACCUGAGGCCGAUCAGCUUGUGUGCAGUAUCGUAUAAGAUUAUAUCUAACAUCUUAUGUGCAAGGUUAAAAGAGAUAUUGCCUUCUCUGGUAUCGCCUACACAAGGUGCCUUUGUAGCUGGGAGAUUGAUAUCAGAUAACCUACUGAUAACGCAUGAAAUGAUACAUGGUUUCAAAACCAAUCCAAACUGCAAAGGUGACUUCAUUGCUAUCAAAACUGACAUGUCGAAGGCUUAUGACAGAGUGGAAUGGAGCUUCCUGGAAGUACUGUUUCAGAGAAUGGGGUUUGCGGAGAGAUGGAUUCAGUGGAUCAUGCUUUGUAUUCGAUCGGUUUCUUAUACCAUACUUCUCAAUGGCCAAACGUAUGGAAGAAUCACACCAGAACGUGGCAUCCGUCAAGGGGAUCCAUUGUCACCUUUCCUCUUCAUAUUUUGUGCAGAGGCAUUGGUACAUGUGAUGAACAGAGCUGAGCUUCAAGGUAAUAUCACAGGAAUGAGACUAACACAAAGAUGCCCUUCUAUCCAGCAUUUACUGUUUGCUGAUGACAGUCUCUUCCUAUGCAAAGCAACACUGUCAGACUGCUCCAACUUUCUGCACUGCCUAGAGCUCUAUGGUAAAGCGUCAGGACAAGAAAUCAAUUUUCUUAAGUCAUCGGUGACGUUUGGAGCUGAUAUCGACCCUGUUAUGAAACGACUAAUUGCGGAACUGCUGGAGAUAGAGAAUGAGGGUGGAGCUGGUACUUAUUUGGGUCUACCAGAAUGCUUCAGUGGAUCAAAACAGAAGCUUUUAGCCUUUAUAGGCGAGAAACUUGGCAAAAGAUUUAGUGGAUGGUAUGCCAAAACGCUUUCCCUAAAGGAGGUUCUCCUUAAAUCUAUUGCUAUGGCCUUACCUGUCUAUGCUAUGUCAUGCUUCCGUCUAACGAAACAUCAUUAUCAAAAGAUAAUGAGCGCCAUGGCUGCGUUUUGGUGGAACGAGUGCAAUGAUAAGAGAAAGAUACACUGGAUAGCUUGGCCAGAUUUAUGCAAGCCGAAGGAGUUAGGAGGGCUCGGUUUUCGCGAUAUUGAAGAUUUUAAUCAAGCCUUGUUGGCCAAGCAAGCUUGGAAACUACUAAGCGAUCCACAAAGCCUACUAGCACAAGUCUACAAAGGGCGGUACUAUGCUAAUAAAGAGUUCUUGGAAUGUGGCAAAGGGUAUAGGCCAUCGUAUGCUUGGAGGAGUAUCAUUUUUGGUCGGGAACUAUUGCUUAAGGGGCUCACAAAAUCCAUUGGGAAUGGAAGAUCUACGCUGGUGUGGGGUGAUAAAUGGAUUAUGGAUGGGAUGCCUCGCCGUCCAGUUAACAGACAGACCUUCAUAGACAUUAAUCUUAAGGUGGACGCAUUACUUGAUGACACACGGAACUGGAAUAUUGAGACGCUGACAGAACUUUUUCCUCCCAAUGAAGUGGUCCGUAUCAGACAAAUAAUGCCAGGUGACGUUAAUGACAGCUUCAUAGACAUUAAUCUUAAGGUGGACGCAUUACUUGAUAACACACGGAACUGGAAUAUUGAGACGCUGACAGAACUUUUUCCUCCCAAUGAAGUGGUCCGUAUCAGACAAAUAAUGCCAGGUGACGUUAAUGACAUCUUUGUUUGGGCUUACUCGCAACAUGGUGCGUACACAGUCAAAACAGGAUACGACUUGAUAGUGCAAGGAAAAGUGGAGACAGCAGGCCAGAUCUCUCCACAAGAACUCACUCGGAUUGAGUUGAAGAAACGUGUCUGGAAAAUCCCCACAUUACCAAAAAUCAGAAUGUUCCUAUGGAGGGUUAUAUCAGGGGCUGUGGCUGUUGCGGAUAGGCUAAACUCCAGAGGGUUGGGAGUUGAUCCGUCUUGUAGACUCUGCAAUAAUGGAGCAGAAACUAUAAACCAUGUUUUAUUUCAAUGUACGACGGCUUCUCAAAUUUGGGCAGACGUGGGCGUAGCAUUGCCUGCAGGAGUUUUACAACACUCCCUGGAAGAGAAUGUGGCUUAUGUUUUUGAUGCAAUGCAGGACUUGAGCAAGACAGAGGCUGUACGACGCUCCAUCCCAUGGGUGCUAUGGUUAAUCUGGAAAAACAGGAACUCUGUUAUCUAUGCUCACAUCCAGGAAUCACUAGAGAGACUCUUACGAGUCAUGUUUGAAGAAGUGGAGCAAUGGUUCGAGCUAAACAAGGUCCAGCCCACUCGUACUGAUACGAACACGAGACUGGAGAGUGAUAAUAUAUGGAGGCCGCCUGAGGAUGGAGGAAUAAAGUGUAACAUUCAUGCUAACUGGAGGAAUGCUCACCUUCACAGUGGUGUGGCUUGGAUUGCAAGAGAUCAGAGGGGUAAUGUCUUAUACCACGCUCGUGAUGCGAUAACUCACGCACCUAAUCGUUUCGUGGCGGAGCUCCGAUGCGUGUUAUGGUCUUUAUCUAGCUUACGGGACCUUGGAGUAUCGAGAGUAACAGUUGUUGUGGAUUAUCAUGAAGUAAUAGAAGCUCUGAAGAAGCCUCAACAAUGGCCUAGAUACAGAAUUUUGUUGGAAAAAAUCAGAAACCUCAAGGAAGAGUUUGACAGUUUAGACUUUGACGAGGAAAAGAUCUUAACCAACAGAAUCGCUAGAGACAUUGCGAAGAGUGUGCUUAGAGAUGGAAGAUUUCAAUCAUAUCUAGCCUUGGGAGGACCUUCCUGGCUUCAUGAUCGGAUCGCUAGAGAAACAAUCAGAAGCGACGUUUGA